AUGCCUUCGGACAAGUCUACGCGUCCCUCUGUCGUCUUAUCGACCGCCCUUCCCCUACCCAUCUUCCGCCAGCUCUCCAACCGACGCGUCGUCCUCGCUUCCUCCAGUCCGAGGAGGAGAGAUAUCCUAGAACUAGCCGGCUUGAGACCAGAGAUCGUACCUUCCACAUUCGCAGAGGACCUUCCUAAAAGUCAAUUUGACAGUCUGGGUGAUUAUCCCGUAGCUACCGCUGGAGAGAAGGCUACAGAAGUAUACGAACGUCUGGUGAGGGAGAAUCAACAUGAUCCCCCUGAUUUGGUUAUCAGUGCCGACACAGUAGUCAUCUUCCCUCCCGAAGCUGACACCCGUCCUGGUGGUAUAUCACAAGGGGAGACUUCCGAAAUACUUGAGAAACCUUUUUCGAAGGACGAUCAAACACGUAUCCUCUCUUCUAUGUCUGGUAGAGCUUGCGAAGUGGUCACUGGGAUCUGUAUAGCUUAUCCUAUCAUCGAGGCCCCAGGUUUCAAGCUACAGUCUAUCUCAUGCUCCACCAUUUGUCAUUUCUACGACAACUCCAAAGAACUAAUACAAGCGUAUGUGGACAGUGGGGAAGGUAUCGACCGUGCGGGGGGUUUUGCCAUACAAGGUCUAGGAGGAUUAUUGAUUGAGCGUAUAGAGGGGAAUUAUGAUAAUGCUGUCGGCUUCCCCUCGGCCCCGUUCUGGCGGUGGAUGUCCGAGUUGGCGGAGGAAGGAGUUUUCGAAGAAGCUUGGUCGUGA